AUGAGGGAUAGCGAGGAAACUCCCUCCGUCGACGGAUCGACAAUAAGCGUGAAAAACAACACCAAACAGGAAAAAGAUCUUGAAAUCGGGCCCGCCGAGCUGAACGACACAACAAAAGAGCAAAAAGUCCAAGACCCGAACAUCGUCGAUUGGGAUGGCCCAGACGACCCCGAAAAUCCCCUUAACUGGACCACGCGAAAAAAAGUCACGGCCACAUGUUCGAUUGCGCUGAUCACAUUUCUGACCCCUCUGGGAUCAUCUAUGUUCGCCCCCGGCGUAAAUGAACUAGUCAAAGACUUCCACGUCACCAGCAUUGAAUUGUCAUCAUUCGUGGUGUCGGUAUAUCUAGUCGGAUACUGUUUCGGUCCCCUGCUCAUCGCACCUCUAUCCGAGCUAUAUGGUCGACAAUACCUCUACCAUAUAUGCAAUAUUCUCUACGUGAUUUGGACCAUCGCCUGCGGUUUCGCGCCGGAGAUAGGCAGUCUUGUUGUCUUCCGAUUCCUCGCUGGCUUUGCUGGUAGCUGUCCGCUCACUAUCGGCGCCGGGUCGAUUGCGGAUAUGUUUGUGCAAGAGAAAAGAGGUGGUGCGAUGGCAGCUUGGGCUCUUGGUCCUUUGAUUGGGCCUGUUGUUGGCCCGGUUGCUGGGGCGUAUCUGGCACAGGCAGAGGGUUGGCGAUGGAGUUUCUACGUGCUAGCUAUGGCCGCCGGUGCUAUCACCAUCAGCUCACUUUUCACCAUUCGUGAAUCCUACGCCCCAACUAUCCUGGCUCGGAAGACCAAGAAGCUCCAAAAAGAAACCGGAAAUAUGAACCUGCGUUCCGCACUCGACACAGGCCGUACACCAAAAGAACUAUUCCUAUAUUCUAUCAUCCGACCGACGAAGAUGCUCUUCCGCUCCCCGAUCGUCUUCCUCCUUUCGCUUUACGUCGGCGUGAUUUACGGAUACCUAUAUCUGUUAUUUACAACCAUCACCGCUGUAUUUCAAGAGCAGUACAAUUUCUCACAGGGGUCUGUCGGACUCACCUAUCUCGGUCUGGGAAUUGGUUCUUUGAUCGGUCUGCUCAUGCUAGGAGUAACGUCCGAUAGACUACUCAACUACCUAUCUGUCAAAAAUGGCGAGAUGAAGCCUGAGUAUCGUCUUCCGCCUAUGAUCCCUGGAGCUGUUUUCGUUCCCAUCUCGCUGUUCAUGUAUGGAUGGACUGCUUAUUACAAAACUCACUGGAUUGUUCCUAUCAUUGGAACCUCAUUUCUUGGUGUUGGUAUGAUGAUUACCUUCAUGUGUGUGAGCACAUAUUUGGUAGAUGCCUUCACGGAUUACGCCGCUUCAGUUAUGGCGGCCAACACGGUGUUCCGUUCACUGGCCGGUGCCAUGCUCCCGCUUGCCGGCCCGAAGAUGUAUGAUGUUCUUGGGCUUGGUUGGGGCAACUCGCUGCUUGGCUUCAUUGCGCUGGCCUUUUGCGCAUUGCCAGUUGUCUUUUGGAUAUAUGGUGAACGUAUACGGACGAGUCCAAGAUUCCAGGUGACUUUCUGA